AGCCCUCACGCCUCCCAAAUCCCGUCCGGACAAAGCAUAUAGCGCCGCGCCGCCCAGAUUCCGGCCAUCCCCCGACGCCACGCCACGCCACCCUCCGAUUCGAGCUAAGAGGAGUUCGAUCUGGCGGGAAAACCUCGCGCUCUCGCCGGCUUCGAGCGCUUGAUGUUCAUCUGACGACCGGGGGAACUGCGGGCUUGAGAGGCGUUUCACGGGGGUGCAAGAUUUGGUGCCCGGGGGCAUGGCGGUGCUGGAGGACUUGAUCCGGGCGAUCGAGCUGUGGCUGCGCAUCGCCAAGGAGCAGGUGCCGCUGAUUGACCCCAACCUCGACCCGGUGCUGCUCGUGCCCGGCAUCGGCGGCUCCAUCCUCGAGGCCGUCGACGAGGCAGGGAACAAGGAGAGGGUCUGGGUGCGCAUCCUCGCCGCUGACCAUGAGUGCCGCGAGAAGCUCUGGGCCAAGUUCGAUGCCGCCACUGGCAAAACCGUUUCCGUGGAUGAAAAAAUAACCAUCGCUGUCCCUGAGGACAGGUAUGGACUGUACGCCAUCGACACAUUGGACCCAGAUAUGAUUAUUGGUGAUGACAGUGUUUACUACUAUCAUGACAUGAUAGUGCAGAUGAUUAAAUGGGGAUAUCAAGAGGGGAAAACCCUGUUUGGAUUUGGAUAUGAUUUCCGACAAAGUAACAGGCUUUCAGAAACACUUGACCAGUUCUCCAGAAAGUUGGAGUCAGUAUACACAGCUUCUGGAGGGAAAAAGAUCAAUCUAAUUACACAUUCAAUGGGGGGAUUGCUUGUUAAAUGCUUCAUGUCUCUUCAUGGUGAUGUCUUCGAAAAAUAUGUAAAAAGUUGGAUUGCAAUUGCUGCACCAUUUCAAGGUGCACCUGGGUACAUAAAUAGUGGUUUGCUGAAUGGAAUGUCCUUUGUGGAAGGAUGGCAAUCAAAUUUCUUUAUUUCCAAAUGGACUAUGCAGCAAUUGCUGAUUGAAUGCCCAUCAAUAUAUGAGUUGUUGGCUAGCUCAACCUACCACUGGGAAGAGACCCCAUUGCUACAGAUUUGGAGAGAGAGGUUGGAUGAUAAUGGCAAGAAAAGUGCCUUACUAGAGUCGUAUGGGCCAGCUGAAUCAAUAAAGAUGAUUGCAAAGGCUCUUUCCGAGCAUGAGAUCAUCUCUGAUGGAAAUCACAUUCCUUUGCCCCUUAAUAAGGAUAUAUUAAGAUGGGCAAAGGAAACUCAAGAUAUCCUAUGUCAGGCAAAGCUUCCAAAAUCAGUGAAGUUCUACAAUAUUUACGGGAUUGAUUACGACACUGCUCAUACUGUUUGCUACGGGAGCAAAAAGCAUCCUGUUUCAAAGCUUAGUCAACUCUUAUAUACUCAGGGUGAAUUCGUCUAUGUUGAUGGUGAUGGAUCAGUCCCUGCAGAAUCAGCAAAGGCAGAUGGCCUUGAUGCGGUGGCAAGAAUUGGGGUCGCAGCUGACCACCGAGGAAUCGUGUGCGACCACCACGUGUUCCGGAUAGUCCAGCACUGGCUACAUGCCGGCGAACCUGACCCGUUCUACGACCCCCUCAACGACUACGUCAUCCUCCCCACCAUCUUCGAGGUCGAGAAGCACCACGAGAAACGUGGGGACGUUACUUCGGUCAGGGAGGACUGGGAGAUCAUCUCCCACACCGACAACGGCCAUGAGACCAAGAGAUCAGCUGAGCUCCCUGCAAUGGUUAGCACGCUAUCUGCGUCUCGUGAGGGUAAAGAGGGUUCACUGGACGAGGCGCAAGCCACAGUGGUCGUCCACCCGGAGAGCGGAGGGCGACAGCAUGUGGAAGUCAGGGCUGUCGGAGUCAGCCAUGGUUGACCUGCCAUGUAGCUAGGCCAGCAGCACAUACUGUAAAGCGUCGAUGCACAUAAGAUGUGGCAAGGUCUGGAAAAAUCUCUGUAAAUACUGUAUACUGCUUGUAAAUAUCCGAACUUGGAAGCACAAUGUGCACUGGCUAUGAUCACGAAGGAGAAAAUAAUAAUAAGGUUGGGUACCAGCUUGUUCA